AUGCCGCCGCUGCCCGCCUGGCUCUGCCUGGCCGCGCUGCUCCUGCCGCUGUCCCCGGCAGCCCCGGGCGCUGCCGGUGCCUGCCCCCGGCCCUGCCGCUGCCCCGGGGCCGGGAUAUUGCUCUGCCGGGAGCCCGACACCGUCAGCAGCCUGGCCCCGCUGCUGGGAAGCGGCGGCUUCACCGACGUCGUCAUUGAGAACCAGCCGGCGCUCAGGAGCCUGAGCCGAGCUGACACCAGGACCCUGCGGGACCUCAGGAACCUCACCAUCUCCAGGUCGGGGCUGCAGCACAUCUCCGCCGACGCCUUCCUGGACACCCCCAAGCUGAGCCACGUGAAUCUCUCCUCCAAUGCUCUGCAAAGCCUUUCCUGGAAAACCUUCUGGCAUCUGCCCCUGCAGGAGCUCAUCGUGGUGGGAAAUCCCUUCAACUGCUCCUGUGGGCUCCGCUGGCUGCAGCUGUGGCACAACAGCAGCCGGGCCGAGCUGGGCAACCAGUCCCUGCUCUGCUGGGAGGGCAGCGUGCCCGUGGCCCUGGGCAGCCAGGCUCUCCGCGCCUGUGACCCCCCGAGCGUCCACAUCGAGCCCCCCGAGGUGGCGCUGAGCCAAGGGGACAGCGUCAACCUCACCUGCCACAUCAGCGCCAGCCCGGCGGCCACCGCAGAGUGGGUGGUGACCGAGGUGGGACCCGAGCUGCUCGCUGUCACCAAGCUCUCGGACUGGGAGAUCGUCCUGGAGAUCAGCAACGUCUCCUCUCACCUCAACCGCAAGGAGCUGCUGUGUCGGGCAGAGAACGCGGCGGGGCUGGCGGAGGACAGCGUGGUGCUGAACGUCACCUUUCCCCCCGUGAUCCUGCUGCUGGACACCGCCAUCCCCCGGCAUUUCUGGUGCAUCCCCUUCUCCGUGGAUGGCAACCCCGUCCCCGACAUCCGCUGGCUCUUCAACAGCAGCGCCCUGAAGGAAGGGCCCUACAUCCACACCCUCAUCAUGGAGUACGAGCACAACUCCACCGUGCUCCACGGCUGCCUCCAGCUCAACCGUCCCACGCACGUCAACAACGGCAACUACACCCUGGUGGUGGAGAACGCCCUGGGCUGGGCCUCCCGCAGCGUCCAGGUGCGCUUCAUGGACAACCCCUUCAGCUUCAGCCCCGAGGAGCCCAUCCCGGUGUCUCUGUCCCCACGGGGCACCAGGAACAGCUCGCUGGAGGGGCCUGUGGAGACAACAGAUGAGCACACGUUUGGGGUCUCGGUGGCCGUGGCCCUGGCCGUGUUCGCCUGCCUCUCCCUCUCUGUCAUGCUCAUCCUGCUCAACAAGUGCGGGCGCCGCUCCAAGUUCGGCAUUAACCGCUCAGCCGUGCUGGCCCGAGAGGAUGACCUGGCCAUGUCCCUGCACUUCAUGAACCUGGGCAGCAGCCCCCUGUCCUCGGCUGAGAGCAAGCUGGAGGGGCUCAAGAGCAACUUCAUCGAGAACCCCCAGUAUUUCUGCAACGCCUGCGUGCACCACGUACAGAGGAGGGACAUCGUGCUCAAGUGGGAGCUGGGCGAGGGCGCCUUCGGGAAGGUUUUCUUGGCCGAGUGCUACAACCUCCUCCCGGAGCAGGAGAAGAUGCUGGUGGCCGUCAAGGCGCUGAAGGAGGUGACGGAGAGCGCCCGCCUGGAUUUCCAGCGCGAGGCCGAGCUGCUGACGGUGCUGCAGCACGAGCACAUCGUCAAGUUCUACGGCGUGUGCACCGAGGGCGAGCCCCUCAUCAUGGUCUUCGAGUACAUGAAGCACGGCGACCUCAACCGCUUCCUCAGGUGUGCGUGCCCUCCUCUGUGCGUGUGUCAUCCCCGUGUGUGCAUAGGUGUGAAUGCCCUGCCCUGUGUGUGUGCACAG